CAGUGCAGAUAUUAUCUGUCAUUUGCUGUCAUUGACGUUAAUAAACUAUAAAGUUUUUAGCUAAAAUUUCUCUUUUUAACUAACCAUUUAAUUUAAUGAAAAAAGAUUUAUCUUUACGCAAUAAAAUAAAUUAUAAUUGAUUUUCGAUUAUAAAAGAUGAACCAGGAAUUUGUGAACAAAUAUGUCAAGUGUUAUGAGAGACUCCGCAACAAAACAGUUCUAGUCGGUAGUCAAGAAAAGAAGCAAGACGAUUUCAGAGAACCUUUGACUACGAAAAACGCGGUGAAGUAUCUUCUACAAGGAAGUCUUAGGUUAAGAGUUUGUCGAUACUGUUUGAAUAUCACAAGCAGAUUGUCAGAAUUUGAUGAAGUACUGACAUUGGCGGUAGACGGAGCUCUCCAUGAGGUUACCAUAAGAGAUAUAGUUGCAAGUUUUCACCCAUACAAGGUAGCAGACGAUGCAAACUUUCCAAACAAAAUAUGCAAUGAAUGUGUAAACAGAGCAAUUAGCUGCUAUUUAUUCACUCAACAAUGUGAUAGAGCAGAAAGGGCUUUACGUAACUGUUUUGAUGACAUAUAUGAUAAAUUUGAAAAACUGGAUUCAUUAGAACCUAUCAAAAGGAGAGGCAAACGUAAGCUUCACCCAAACCCUAAUAUAAUAUAUGCAGAACAUGAAGAGGUCAUUGAUUAUGCUGAACCUGUGAUCAACAUUGUUAAUGUAACCAACCAAUGCACUGUACCAAGUAAUACAAUGAGCGAACUUGAAUGCCAGAAAUGUUGGCAGGUCUUACCAAACGUAGAAUCAUUGUUAAAUCACGAGAAUUCACAUCCAAAAAGCAUGUGGUACAAUUGCAGAUUAUGUGGCAAAUCAUUUGUCAAACGUUCACUUUUAAGGAAACAUAUUAAACACACACAUAAACAGAAUAAAGAAACUAUUGAUGAAUAUAAUGAUGAAAAUUUCAAAUGUGUUGUAUGUGGUACUGAAAAUAAAUCACUCACAGAACAUUUGCAACAUAAUGAAAAUCAUAAGUUCUCCUCAUUGGUCAAAUCGUUGCUUCAGCGGAAAGUUGAUACGUUAUGUACAGUUUGCUUGGACAGGAGUUCUCAUUUGAUGAAUAUGAAUGAUGUUGUUCACCUUCAUGGAGGUUAUUCAGGCUCAAUGGGUGAUAAGAGUAUCCAGAAUAUUUUAACUGCAACAAUUCCAGAUAUCAACCUUACCACCUACACUGGAACUAAGAUAUGUGAUAAAUGCUAUAACCAUGCAAUAUCCUCUUAUGUUUUUAUUAUAAAAAUUCGCCAUGUUAGAAGUAGAUUGAAUACUUGUCUUAGCGGCAUGCUAGAUAAACUAAGUAGUAUAGAUGAUUCUGAUAAAAAUUUAAUGAUAGAAAUAUCGCAAGAUACUAUACUACCAAUUUUUGAAUUAGAUGAAGUAGAGGAACCACCAAAAAUUUAUGAUGAAUAUGAAAUUCUAGAAGAUGAGUUCAGAAUAUCUGAUUCAGAAAGCUGCGAUUCAAUAGAGAGCGAUAGUUUAAAUGAUACCGAUCAUAAUUUCGAUGUUAAACCUCUAAAUAAUGUGAAUAAAAGUGCAAUCAAAACAUAUACAAAUGUCAAAAAGUUGGUCAACGGUUACCAAAACGAUUAUGGUAAUAGUAUAUUCAGAGAUGUGUGUAGUGAAUUUUUAACGUUCAACAAAAAGUUUAAUAGGCCUAAACAUAUACCGAAGUAUAGGUAUACAUGUCCAUUUUGUAAUAAGCACUUCAUAUCAGAUUAUUUCCUUAAAAAACACAUAUUAAAACACAUACAAAGAAAAGUUCAAUGCAACAUAUGUUUGCAUUAUUUCAAUUCGAAAUUCAGUCUUUUUGAGCAUAAAAAAGCAGCGCACAUAUUACAAUUGGAAGAGUACAUGACUUGCAAGUGUUGUGGCAGGACAUUUAGCAAUAUAAAGAAGAUGAAGUCUCAUCAAAAGAGUCACAGGAUUAAGGAUUGUCAACUGUGUGACAAAUUGUUCUUACUCCAAAAACAUUACGACAUCCAUAUGCAACGUCAUGCGAUUAAAUUCAAUGCAUAUAAAAACGAAGAUGUUCAAACAUGCAGUUUUUGCCAAAAGGCAUGCUCGAACGAAAAUGAGCUCUCUCUGCAUGUAAAUAAGGUUCACCUUCAAAUGAAACCGUACAGCUGUGAUAUGUGCGAUCGACAAUUUUACACUGAAACCAAUCUUUCGAGUCAUAAAAAACUUCAUAGUCUAUUUUCCAAGGAAAAUUGCGCUUUUUGUCGUAAAACUUUCAAAUGUCGCAAAGAUUUAGUCGUCCAUGUUAGAAAGCAUAUAGGUAUGAAACCACACGUUUGUCCUGUAUGUAGACAAACUUUCUAUUCUGAUGGCAAUUUAAAAAAACAUAUGAGGAUAUUCCAUGGUGGUAUAUAUUCUUGCAGGCUUUGCAGGUCAGUGUUGCCUAGUCAACUAGAGCUAAAGUCGCAUAUAAAUCUUAUACAUAGUUCUAUGUAGCAUUUACUUUAACAAUAUUGCACUGAAUAAAAGGGAAUUUAUAUUAUAAUAUAGUUAUACUUAAUUUUAGUUAUUAACAUAGUGUUACAUUUGUAAAUGUUCUUGGACUCUGGUAGUACCUAUAAGAAAAUUGUUAUAUAUGAAAUUCUUGAGGACAACAUUUGAAAAUUCAAAUUAGAUAUAUUUUUUUUUAAAUUUUGCAAAAAAUGUUCUUUGUAAGAUUAUAUUGCAGAAAUAUGUAUAUAAAUAAAACCAUGAAAAGGAGACAGACUAUCCAUAUUAGUGUAAUUUAAUAAAAAUAAAUAAUUUUAGACUGCUUUAAUUUUAGUUUGAUUGAUUUUUGCAUAAUCAUUAAUAUUAUCAAGUACUUGCAUUAUAAAAUGCAGGAUUUCAACAAAAAACUAGUGACAAAAAAGAUUACCUAUAUGAAAGUGAUUUAUUUUUGGUGAUUUUGAUUUAUAAUAAAUUAGGAUAAUUUUUUUCUGUAACAUUCUUAGUAAAAUGGUCAAUCUCCUUUUUUGGUUUAUUAUGAUUUUUACUAAAUACCUUUAGGUUUAGUUUAGGUAUAGGUUAGCUUUGCCGAUACUGUACUUUUUUUUUUUAAUUUUAGAUUACAAAAAUGGACUAAACUAAAGAUGCUGCUGAUUAUAACCUGUAUGUACAUUUGGAUGAUCAAUUAAUUUACAACAAUAUAUGCAAAUAUAAUGUACAAUUUAUAUGAUUUAAGAUAAUAAUUAGGAAUUACAAAAGUUAUAGCCACAUAUUUACUGCACAAUAUGUUUAUUUAAGUCUUGAGGGUGUAUUGUAUACAGCAAUCUUUAUGAUUCAGGUAUUCUAUGUAUUAUCUAGGUAAUGUAUAGAUACCGGGGCAUUUUGGCAAUGUAUGAAAUAUGAAAUGUUUUUAAUAAUGGUUUUGCGGCUCUGGGUUCUAGCUUUGUUCACAACAGUAACGUAAAUUGGUAACAUGCCAGACUAACAAAGCCAUCAUUUUUCAAUACUCAAUACUCACCUCACUCAGGCCGCGGCAGCACACGUGGAAAGGUGCGCAGAAUAGGUUGCGCACAAAAAAACGUAACGCUGUCAUUCGUUCAUCGAAUUUUGCUGCCCAUUAUUUUUUAUUAUAUGAAAAAUCGAUUCAUAAGGAGUAGGAAAAAUGUUCGCUUAAAAUAAAUAAUAUGACAGUGCCUUAACGUAUGUUUUCAACUUUAGGGGCUCCGCUUAGCCAGAGAAAAAAAAAUUACCUUUUUUUUAUUUUAUACAUAUUAUAUUUUUUUUUAUUUUUCAUUUUAUUUUUAAAGAAAAGAGAUUUACCUGCGAUUUACUAAUUUUGCAUUAACACGUAAGGGGCCUCUGGAUUCCGGGGGCCCCGUAUUAUACGGCUGAUACGGCGGCUUGUGGCUUUGAAAGUGCACAGAAGUAAAGAUUACGCAAUGAAAUGAACUGAUUACACUGCGUAUAUUUCUGCCUACCGUCUUUUACAUACAUUACCGGCUGCACAUUAGAUAUUGAUAGAAUACCUAGGUAAUGUAUGCAAUGGACAAUCAUAUUCGUAUUAUUUAAUAUAUUGUCAGAAUACCCUCGUCCCGCAGUAUUAUAUACAUCGCUUAUAGCUUGGCAACUUCGUUCUUAACACUCCCGAAGCGGGAGCGGGCGGGGGGGGGGGGGGGGUGUUAUAGCGAUGAAUGAUAAACCCACGACUGACGCAUCUAAAUUCCCCGCACGCACAACUUCACACCCGCGAACAUCUUGCGCCAAACUAGGCUUUGUAUAGAACAACGGAUUGUACAGAUUGCCCGACAUAAACAAGUGUAGGCGAUAAACUUUUAUAUUAAACAGCAUGGAGAAAUCGGGAACCAUAACCAAUUUGUUAAUAUAUUUCUCAUUAUUAGAGGAGAUUCUCAAUAGCUGUUUUAUAAGAUUAUCUCCCUAUAAAGGAAUCAUUAGCGCUGUCUGUUUUGUGAUGUUUUCAUACCACGAUAACUCUCCAAUUAGAACCCGUCUAGUUAAAAACAUCGCAAGAUGCUAUAGCACUUAAUUCGAGGCUCAAUAUAUGUUUUCCAAGUUUUGAAUUUAAUUAGGUAUUGCCCAUCUAAGCUAAGGUGUAAAUCCUAAACGAUGCCUUCAAAAUACUGAUAUUAAGAAAUUAUGUCUCGUGUAAGUUUAAAAUCCUUUUGUUGUUAGCAAAACAAACAUACAUAAUAAGUAAAUAUUCUUAUAUUAAUUAGAGAAGUAGGUACCUACCUAAAAGUUAGUAGGUAGGUAAUAGGUAAAAAUAUGGUUCUUUUCAUAAGCACAAUCUAUACCUAAGAAAUUAAGUAUGUUACAAGAGUAAUAAUAUACGUUACCUAUACAUA